AUGGGGAUGGACGAGUCGAUGAACUCUCAGUACACGGACGUGUGCGCCACGAUCAACGCAUCCCUUGAGGCAGUCAAGGCCCUCCACCUCAACUUCUCCCAGAAAGUCGACUCGCUCGACGAUGAAAACCAACAGCUCCGUUCGUCGCUGAAGGCUGCCAACUCUGAGGUUUGCGACCUGCGUAAGCGCAUCGAGAGCGCCGAGGCUACCGCUGCUGCCGCCAAAAAUGAGCACGCUGCGUACAAGGUUGAGAUGUUGGCUGCGGAAAAGGAAUCCGCCGCCCUGGUCAGUUCCCUCAGGCAAGAGCUGGCGGUGAGCCAUGCGACUCACGAGGAAACAAGAGCCGCUUUGGUUGAGGAGCGCAAGAAAGCCAAGGAAGCGGCCAAAACAUCUUCAGCUACCGUGAAAGAGUUAAACGGAAAGCUCGACACCGUUCGGGAUGCGCUUGAGAAGCAAAAGGAAACGUGCGCAAACCUUCAGAUGGAUCUGAGCUCCACCAAAUCCAAACUCGUGCAAACCACGAGGGAAGUGUCCGUUGCUCGAGCUGAGCUGAGUGCUGUCAAUGCGCAGUGCGUAGAUCUGCAGCGAGAGAUUAGUGUGGCUAAGAUGGAGGUAUCAGCCGCGGAGAAGGACGGCAAAGCCAAGAUGGAAGCCUUGCUGGUCUCGAAGGAGGAGGCGGCCGAGCUGAAAGCGUUGCUGAACGACAAGGUGGCGGAAGAGGCAGCGGCCCACGAAGUCACAAGGACACAGCUUGAACGCCUCAAGCAAGAAAGUUUCAAUCUCUACACCGCCUACACAAACUCUAUGCAGCAGUUGCAGGAAUUCCGGGAAGCCCUCGAGCGCAAAGCAAGAAGCUGCGCGCGACGCGAUGCGUUUGAGGUCGUCGAACACGAUGCUCCCGCCAUCCAGUAUUGCAACGAUGGGAAAUAUGGGGUUAUCUAG